ACUAUUGGUGGUCUGAAGCCAACCAGUUCGACUAACCACUCCGUGAUUCAUGUCAGUGGUCGUGGUGAAUCAAAUCCUCAUAUCUCCCGGGAACGAGCACAGCCAGCAUCUUCGUCCAAUCGUGAAGACCCACGUCAAAUCCGCAUUGAACGUCCCUCGGAGUAUAUGUGCCUCAGCGUGCUACGGGAGGAUCGUGCGCAUUUUUCCAAACGCGCGAACGACCAAAGUUUACCAUCGAAGGAACGUGAGGAAUAUCAAUUUCGCUUGGGAGAAGCGGAAAAACGAUAUGAACGGUUGAAAAAACGACUUUAUUCGGGUCCCAAUAGAGCCCGUGAAAUGCGGGCGUACAUUCAAGAGCUGCGAGUGCUCGAGAAUGAGUGGUACAACAAAUAUAGUUCCGCAAAGCUUAAAGGGGACUCCAAGAAGGCAGAAUAUUACGCAGAACGCCUAGAUCUUCUGCGAAAUGAAUUAAGACAAAAUGCAGACCCUCGACCAAGCAAUUCUUGA